UCUCUUGUAUUAAGUCACACUAGCACCUGCUCAGGUGAAAAUGCUCUAGAUUCAAAUCUUAUGACAACACAGGCUCUUCAGGGAGUCAUGACUUCCUUCAGGGAUGCGUUCUGGGGACCUACAGGUUUUGAGGAGUUGCGACGUCUGUUGAAGCAGGGAGCCGAUUUCUCUAAGGAAGUGGUCAGCAUUCUGCAGGAUCGGUCGGAGUUGGAAGCUGGGCAUGCGAAGAGUUUGGCCAAGCUGUCUCAGCGCCUCGCCCGAGCAGCGAGGGAUGCGAUUGGCACAAGUGCGGCAGCUUGGCAAGAAGUGGCCACACAGUUGGAACGAGAAGCCCAGCUUCACAGGGUUUUAUCGCGAGGCCUGUCAGAGGGAGUGUGUGCGCCUCUUCGAGCCUCUUGCGAGGCUCAAGCAGGGCGACGCAAGAAUCUCGAGGCUGCUGUAGAACGGCGUGCACGGGCCGUGCGGGAACGCCGAGCCCUACAGGAACGGACCAAACGCCACGCCCACCAGUGCGCCCGUGCCAAUGAGCAGGCCCAAGGGCGGGUACUCGAGCCCCGCUCCUCCGAUCGAGACCAGCACAAGCUGGAGAGCAAGCGGCGCAAGGCUGAGAAUGCGCUGAGCAAGGCAGAAGGCGAAUACUAUGCAGCCUGCAUGUCGGCCGAGCAGGCCCGCCAGGAGUGGGAGACCUUGCUCUUCCAGACAGCGGGCUGGCUGCAGGCUCUGGAAGAAGAGCGCCUGCAGGCACUGCACACCGCAUUGUCCCGUUAUGCACAGCACUUGAUGCACAUGGCUCCACAGACCGCACAGUGUGCCGAGUGUGUGCAGGCACAGGCGGCAAAUGUGGAUGCUAAGCAAGACAUUGAAGAGGCUGUGCGUCUCAGAGGCACCGCACCCAAUGUGCCUGAGCAGUUCCUGCCAGAUUUCUACGCCGAAGAUCUCUCAAGUCCCAUGCAGCCCCAGAGACGCAAGGAAGCCCUAGAGAGGUUAUUGCAGCUGCUACAAAAGGACCUGGAUACAGAGCGGCGAGGGAAGCAAGGUGUGGAGUCCCUAGCCCAGGCUUUCAGGGAAUCUCCUCGAUUUGGUGAUGAGGAAGCCCAGUUGCGGGUCCAAGAGAAGCUUCAGCAGUUGCGCCAGAGCCUGGCAUUUCUAGAGGCAUCUCGCCACAAGGUGCAGUGCUGCCUUGCAGGCCUGGACGGUCAACCAAGGCCGCCACACCCACUGGCUCCACAUUUAGAGCAGCGCAGGGAUCGACAGGGUUUGGCACAGACAGUGCUCAAGAUCCCUCCCUGGCUUCAGCGGCGUUCCUCCAGUGCCGACGAAGAGUGGGACCGUGGGGCAGCCGAUGGGGGUGCUGAGGUUGAGGAGCCAGAAGAGCAGCCAUACGCCAAUGUGUUGCCCUCACAGUGCCGAGCCUUGUACGACUACAAGGCCACCAUGGACGACGAGCUCAGUCUGUGCUCAGGUGAUGUGGUGACGGUGCACAGCCGUGCCGAAGAUGGCUGGUGGCAUGGUGAAAAAGAUGGUCACUGGGGUGUCUUUCCUGCCAGCUAUGUCCAGGAGCUCCGUUCCGAUAGAGUUGAGGAUGUUCUUUGAUGGACUGCGUUGUACAUUUGCCACAACUGCACUAAGGGGCCCCGCAACACUUUUUGAGCAUGGUCAGAAAAUGCUGCCAAUCAGUAGUAGAGGCUCCCGAGAACACGUGAGCCAAAUAUUAUAGCACAGCAUGCGACCUUGAAUUCAUGAUAAAUUAUCAGUCUGCUAAAAAUGGCUUUUUCUUCUCUCGACAAGUGACGGAAGAUGCUCAAAAAUCACUCAUAGAGCCAUCCAUCCAUCCAUCCAUCCAUCCAUCGCAUCUAUCUAUCUAAUCUAUCAGCUAAUGGCUGAUUUGAACAUGGCGAGCUCAGCCGUUACAGAGAUCAUCGCGGGAGGCUGCGACUUGUCCACGCGUGCGCGCGAUCACAUUAAAAAAGCCACGCAUUCGAAGAAGAAAAAAAGAAAAAAAGUGCUCAAGGUCACGAGGCACGUGUGAGGUAUUUUCUUUGCACCUGCCAUCCCUCCCUGCUUAGCUUCCAGCGCUUUCAUCGUGACGAGAAAAAAGAUAAUGCCAUUGCAGCAUGCGACAAAUCUUUUUAACUCCACUCUCACUCGAUGGAUUCUUAAAAUUUUUGCGGCGUUGAAUUCAUGAGGUAGUAAACUCUUCCAGUGAAUUCAUUCCAUGGUUACUUGAAAAAGUGUUUCAGGGCCCCUUUAAUAAGUGCAAUGCACUUCAACAGAUGCUUGACCCUCCAGUCAGGCACAGCAUGAAACCUUGCUAGAACAACUAAGGAGGUGCAUGUUAGUCGCCUGAAUCUCUGAAGUGGAGGAUCUUCUUCCAGUCAUUCUUGGUUAUGAUAGAAUGGAGAUUGUUUUUACCAACAUCUUCUUGCAUGCUUGUGUCAUGGUCAGAGUAGUUCUGAUGUUUUUAUUUUAAAUGCAUCGAGAAAAAAUAAUGCAAGAUGAUCGCCAGAUAAAAUGUAUAAAACAAAAUAAAUUAUUUUGGUGGGGCUGGCUUUGAACCAAGGCCCUCGUGUUA